AUUGGCAAGAAGAAGAUCGACUUGUCUGGGAAUGGUGUGCUAUUGAGGCUUCGACUUUAUUAAUUUUGUAUUGUGCUCCAGCCGGAAUUUCUCUCAGAAAGUGACCAAUUGGCAGAAUUGCCCAACAAGCUGGUUCUUAAUUUGGAAGGUAUUCUUAUCAAAAUUCAAAUUGGUCCGGGAACUUUUGGGCCAAGCAAACGGUGACGGUGUGAACAACGAGCAAAUCGAUAGACAUCGAACGCGACGGGUCAGGAGGGAGUAAAAUAGAAAUACUAUAGUUUAGAAAAAUUGAUAUAGUCGAGUUACCCAAUAGAGAAAUUCUAACUCAAUCAAGAUGAAUAUAAGAUGCGCAAAGCCCGAGGAUCUAAUGAAUAUGCAACAUUGUAACUUACUCUGUUUGCCCGAAAAUUAUCAAAUGAAAUACUACUUUUAUCAUGGACUCACUUGGCCCCAACUGAGCUACGUGGCGGAGGACGACAAAGGGAACAUUGUCGGCUAUGUUCUUGCCAAAAUGGAAGAGCCGGAAGCGGGCGAGGACAGCAAGCACGGACAUAUUACUUCAUUAGCUGUUAAACGAUCAUAUCGAAGACUUGGUCUUGCGCAGAAACUUAUGAAUCAAGCUUCACUGGCCAUGGUCGAAUGCUUCGACGCUGAAUAUGUUUCACUGCAUGUCCGCAAAAGCAAUAGGGCGGCUUUGAAUCUGUACACAAAUUAUCUUGGAUUCAAAGUUCUUGAAAUCGAACCAAAGUACUAUGCUGAUGGCGAGGACGCCUAUUCGAUGCGAAGAGACCUUAGGGAAAUUGCCAAACAGCUGAGCGAGGAGAACGAUGCCGAGCCGAUUAGUUCGAACAAAUCUUCGCAUAAAUCGACAGACCAUAGCUUACAUGACGGACAUUGUUGCUGAAAUUCUAACUUUUAAGACUUUAUCUUUAAAUACACCUACAUUUUUCAUUUAAUUUCAAGCGAACAUCAUCUGAUUUGUGAACAGAAUUGUCUUGUGUAUUUUUUAAUACAUAUAUAAAUGCGUCUACCGAUAAUGAACGAAUAGAUAAAUUUUAUAAUUUAUGUGAAUUUUAUUCUGUGCGAUUGAUAAGCUGGUCAUAAGCUAAAAAUAAUAAAUUGUUACAGUUUAUGCAUCUCGUAAAUAUAGAGCAAGAGAUUAUUAAUGAAUACCAAUGGAAAA